AUGCCGGAUUUCGCCUCACAGUCCUACUGGGAUGACCGUUUCUCGAAGAAUAGCUCACCGUUCGACUGGCUUGUACCGGCGCAGGCGCUCUGCCAGGUUACCACGGACAUGAUAGACCCGGAAACCGUCAGAAUGUCUCAGAUCUUACACAUCGGAUGCGGCACGUCCGAUGCGCUGGCUUUGCGAACUCUGGUCGAGAGUCCGGAGCAGAUUCACAAUGUGGAUUACUCCGAGGCUGCUGUGGAUGCCGGGGCAAAGCGGGAGCAAGAAGAUAUAUCCCAAAAUCAAAAUCCAUUAGGAAAGGAGAGUGGAGAUGGAGAAGGGGGAGGAAGCAAGCAUGAUUCCGUCCGGCAACCACUUCCGAGACAUAUGAAUUGGUCAUGUAUGGAUCUACUGGCAUUGCAUUCGACUCUGGGAUUACUUCACCAACGCAACUCGGAAGGGAGACUGUACAACAUCAUCCUGGACAAGAGUACAAGCGACAGCAUCGCCUGCGGGCAGGAUCAACAUCUCACGCUGCCCUACCCGCUCUCCAUCAACGGCUGGACACGACGCAUCGUCGGAUGCGGAACCCACCAGCCAGGCGACGUCCACCCCUUACAUGUCCUCGCCGUCCACCUCGCCGCACUCACGAAGCCCAGAACCGGGAAGUGGAUCUGCAUCUCCUACUCGGAAGACCGGUUUCCCUUCGUACCGCCAUUUCCCGCCACAAUAUCGAAUGGACUGCUGAGCGAUGAUGUGAUCAAGGCUGGAUUUCCGCAUCCGUCGCAGCUUUGGAGGUUGGAGACGAAGGAGAAGAUUGAUCUGGAAGAGGCGAAAGAGGAGACGUUGGCGGAGAGGAAGAAGAGGUUGAGUGCUGGGGUUGUGCAGAGGCCGAGGGUUAGUCAUUGGCUGUAUGUGCUCCGAAGGACGGAUGCGAUUGUGACGGAUUGA